GUGUGUCCCUGCACGCCCCAGCAGUUGCUCCUCCACAAGGCCUGAGAAAGACCUUAUUAGUUGUUCAUACAAUUUAAGUUAUUGCAGGAUGCAUGCACCAUGACAGAGCAAACCCCUAUCUCAAAUUUAACAGAAGAUGGAAAUGAAUGGUUGUUUUUUGUUGUAGGUUACUCCAAGAAUAAGUGCAUCUUCAAACUAGAUGGCGUAUAUUGUCCGUCCAUAAUAUGGUUGCUUGUGUAUCAUGCGACUUGGUUCAUCCAGGAGAUGUAUUUGUGCAUGCUUGUAGGACAUAACACAAAACUGUAAUUUCUAAGAAAGCACAGCUUGAUCCAAGUUUAUAUAAAUGCUGAAAUGAGUGCUCUGGAGCAAUGGAUUCGCAAGUAUGGAGAGGACACACAGUAGUGGCAUCGACCCAGAUCCGGAGUCAAGCAGGUGAGCACACACAGUGAAGGUGUUGUUCCAUCUCUCUGAUGGCUCCUGGACAUAUUGUCGGCGGCCUAGCAGAUCCGAGCUCAUCGGCAACGAAGCUCCGCCCAGAAGUGUGCUUCUCGCAGCAGCCCCGCUAUGGCGAUAUGGAGUGGGAAGGUCGAAUGAACGUGGGGAUGUCAAAUUCGGUAGCGACAGCAAUCAGGGACAGCAUAAGGGAUACAUCAAUUGGCAAAAUAAGGAACCAUGAGAAGGCCGAUCGUGCUACGGUGGAACAGGCAAAUGUCUAUCAUGCAACAAAAAUAGAUGGCCAGGAGCUAGCAAUCAAAGUCUAUAAAACCUCGGUCCUUGUCUUUAAGGAUAGAGACAGAUAUGUUCAAGGAGAUUAUCGUUUUAGAUGUGGUUACUGCAAGCAUAAUCCCCGGAAAAUGGUUAAAACCUCGGCUGAAAAUGAAAUGAGAAAUCUUAAACAGUGGGAUAUAUUUUUCAUACCUUAUUCGUAAUUUCAUAUUGCUGUUACUAAAAUAUCUAUGAUUAAUUUCAGGAAUUUGUAGAAUCAUUAGGAAUGAAUUUUCUUGCGAAUUAUGCUGAGGAAUCCAUCAAUGUGGAGAGAACUUUCUUAAAUAUGUCAUCAGAAAUCAAGAAAAAAGUAACCAGGAACUUCACACUUUUAGAGGCCCUUUUUCUUCCCAGUUUCUCUGAAGUGGCGGCGGGAAGCGGCCCUCGAUCGGGGCCAUGGUCCUCUCUCGGCGGGCAAGGAACAACGGCGGCCACGGACUUGCCCAACUCCCGCACCGGAAUACAUGUAGGCAAUUUCAUAUCCAUCGCCAAUAACUCCUACUCGAGGCAGCAGAUCCUCUCCAUGGAGAAGAAUAUCCUGAACAGCAUGGCGUGGAACCUCACGGUGCCAACCCCGUACGUCUUCCUGGUGCGGUUCGCCAAGGCCGCCGGGGGCGACAAGGAGGGGGCCUGCCAAGAUGCUAGGCAUGGCUCACGCCGCUGCCCCGCAGAGCAAGCUCAAGGCCAUCUACAAGAAGUACUCUUGAGAGCAGUAUGGGCGUGUGUCCCUGCACGCCCCAGAAGUUGCCCCUCCACAAGGCCUGAGAAAGACCUUAUUAGUUGUUCAUACAAUUUAAGUUAUUGCAGGAUGCAUGCACCAUGACAGAGCAAACCCCUAUCUCAAAUUUAACAGAAGAUGGAAAUGAAUGGUUGUUUUUUGUUGUAGGUUA